AUGCUGCUAACCCAGACUCAGAGAUGUGUCAGCUGAAUCAUAGCCUGAAAUUAAUCCACACUUGUGUUUAUACAUGUUUUUGUACCUUUUAUGUUUUUGUAAUAGAGAGUUUUCAUUUCCAAAAUACACAACAGUUAAUUUUGGGACACUGCAGGCCAGGAGAGAUUCAACAGCAUCACAUCAGCCUACUACAGAAGUGCUAAGGGAAUAGUGCUGGUGUACGAUAUCACAAAGCAGGAGACCUUUGACGACUUGCCCAAAUGGAUGAAAAUGAUAGACAAGUAUGCCUCAGAGGAAGCAGAGCUUCUCCUGGUGGGGAACAAGCUGGACUGCGAGACCGAUCGUAUCAUCUCCAGACAGCAGGGGGAGAGAUUUGCCUCUCGAAUAAGUGGAAUGCGCUUCUGCGAAGCAAGUGCCAAGGAUAAUUUUAAUGUCGAUGAGAUCUUCCUGAAGCUUGUGGAUGACAUCCUUAGUAAGAUGCCUCUGGAGGUUCCCAACAAGGAGCUUUCCAACAGCGUCCUGUCUCUGCAGCCUGAACCGGAAGUGCCUCCGGAGUUGCCGCCUCCUCGCAUGCGCUGUUGCUGAGUCAGAGUGGUCCCUCGUCCCACAAGCGCUCAGCUCACACGUGCAGAGUACAAAUUAGACCACCAGGGGGCAGCAUACAGCAGCAGUUUGGCAUUACAGAUUGCUGCUGUAAGAUGCAUGUACUCUCUAAACAACCAGUAUUAUCUCCCACCCCCACCCCCACCCAUUUCUUCUCUUGUUUUGUAAGUGUACACUAUGACAUGUACCACACUAACACUUUGGCCUGGUGAAUCACCCACUUCCUACCACCCGUCUGUCUACACUUGACCCCAGACUACCUCAUUCCUUGGACCGUUAGGCUAGCUGUGCACCCGCACGUGCCUUUGAGGUAGAGAGCCCUCUGAAAGCAGUUGUGCUUUUACAAGUAAGGGCCUUACAGCUUGUUUUCUUCCCGUCUUCAUUCAAAAAAUAGCCCUCAGACAUACUGUACUAAAAGUUAGACGUCGUCCCAGUGGUUUUGUAUCUCUGCAUCAUCUAGCUUACAGAAAAGAAGGGAUAACGGUAGCUCACAUCUCUUAGGCUUAGUUUAAAUUCUCAGUCUAGGUACAGUAGUUUUUGUAUUCCUGCUAGUAUUUCAAGUGAUGAGUUGACUUGAUGUAAACAAAAGCACAUAAUGUAAAUACGGUGUGUUGCUGUAAUGACUGGACAAGGUGCAGUUUUCUGUAGCCAGCAGGAGGUGGUUGCGCAGUGGUGAUCAUAUCAGUUUAUAUUCCUUUGCCUUAAGGUAUUAAAGUGGCUGGAACGGCUCAUUUUGCGUUUGUGUAAAUUGUGAUGUUUUGCACUACAAUCCAUCUUGCAUAGUUAAGCUGACAUGCAGAAAAACAGAGUACACGACUUGUAGUUUUAGCGCUAGUGAAGAUCAUAGCUGGGCUCGGUAGUGGCCGCUCUGAACUCUUCCUCACGGUGUUGACAUGGGAUGUCGAUGCAAGGAGAGAUGGGUAAUGUAGUCUUUGAGGGACUGGUGUUUUCACAGAAGCAUUCUCCUUGUGUGUCGCUGGCUUUUUUGAGGAAAUAAAGACAUUAAUUAGCUAGUCCACGUGUAGACAUGGUUUUAGCCUUUGAUUUGGUUUUGUUACUAAUAUUGCAUACUUGCAAAGUGUUUUGUUUUUGAUGUCCCCCCCCUAAAUUCAGAUUAAAAUUUAGGAAGAAUGUUUGAGUCGCCCUUUUCCAGAGACGAGCGCUGGAAGGUUUGUUCAGUAUCCGAAUGACUCAGGAAAUUGUGAUCGGCUCGUGUCUGCUCACUUUGACAGGCUUUUAUUGCAGACUUCGCUUGCUUCGUGAGGAAAAAAAAGAUAAACCCGUUCAGAAAAGCUGUGUUUGAAGAGGACGUUUGUUUUUUCUUAGAGGAGGGGAGCAAGCUUGAAUUUAUGAUGUUUGUGACAGGCGAGUAUUGCGAUGUCCCACUACAUUUGCACAUUUUCAGAAAAAAUGGGCUCUGCGUGUUAAGCCCUACUGUGUUGAUAGACACUAAUCAUCAUUUAAUUCUUCCGUCUUCUUUUGUUAAAUUAACUCACUAUUAGCGGUGUAGCACUGUGAGUUUUUCAGUUUUGUUUUUACAUAUUGGAGUGGAAGUCUGAGGGUGAGGAGGGACGAGCCCAUCCGAAGCACCUGCUCUUAAACUGACUCGCUAUCGGCUGAUUUUAUUUUAAGUUUAUUUUUUAAAUGAUCUUCCUGUCGAGUUUUUGUGGACUUAAAAUAGGACAACUGAAACACUGAAGAUGUUUCUUUGCUGAUAAAACAGUCACUGACAUUAAAAGCACAUCUCGCAAUAAGAUUAUCAGCCAGCAGACGUACAACAGAUCACUGGCCCUCCCCGACCUUUAGCACUAACCCUGUGGUGUCUGUUUCAAUAGCCAAGCCUUGUACUACUUAGUGUUUUAAAUAUACAUUUGAAAAAUGCUUUUAUUUGAAAUGUGUAUCCUUAAAGAUGGAAGACUGUACUUUGUAUUAAACCUGUUAUAAGUCUUUGAAAAGUUUUGGCAUGUUUAAAGCAGAUUUGUGGUAUUUAUAACUUGUGGCAUUCUUGAACUAAUGAAAUGCAAUUAAAGAUAUCUAUAUUUAUUA